AUGCACGUCUACCAAUUUCUAAGAGUGUUGGACGUGGAGAACCUUGAGCUAGAUGUGAUUCCAAGUGAAGUCGGGCUUCUGGUUCGGAUAGCUUACCUCGCAGUUGGAGGCCGUUUUGCGAACAUCCCACCAUCAUUUCCAUCGCCGGAUAAUUUCUGGAAUAUGCGGCAAUUAAAGCAGUUAUAUGUUAGGGGAGAUCUAAUUAGUGGUGGCGGUGUUUUGCCUGUGGAAAAUGUUGAUAGCUCAUCUGCCUUACAUGGCUUGGAAAGGAUUUCUGGUGUUGUAAUUUCUUAUGCGGGCAGCAAACGGGUGAUGGAAAAGUUUCCAAACAUUCGUAAGUUGAAAUGCAGAUUUGAGGGAUUUAAGAAUGAAGAGAGGGAUGUGGUUGAGAUUGUUGUUCCUGACAUUUUGAGUCAUCUGGAAUCACUUCAUAUGGCAAUUGAUGAAUAUAGACUCCAUAAGGACUUUGAUAUUGUGGUCCUUUGA